AUGGACCGAUUCACCCCAUUUCCCACCAUCCACAGCCAAACCGGCUUUUCUGGCGACGAUGGCGCUGUGCGCGCUAUUCUCUCAUGGCCGGUGGAUACAACUCUCCUAUCCUCGGAGCUGUUGGCCCUCUCAUGGGCCGUGCUAUUGCGAGCUUACACAACCGAAGAAUCUCCGGUCUUCUUACUCAACGAUCAACCAAUCAAAGCAGACUUAUUUACUCGUAUAAUCCAGCCAGCGACACUGGAUACCCACGCAGACCUCUCAGUAAAGCACACCGCUGUGCGCCUGAUAGAUGAGCCUAAGCUAGUCAGGACUGCCCCGUCUGAGUGCGAGGUUGUUCAUAAUCACGCAUUAUCAUCUCCUUCCUGUACGUUGUCUUGGUACGUUAAUCGCAGCACCCAAAUGAGCACGUUGCAUUCUCCCUCUGGUAUGGAUACCGCUUUCGUGAAGCAGCUAGGCCGUCAGCUGGAGCAUAUCGUGCAAGACCAGGCUGCCCUGUCGGGCAUACAGGUGAAACUGCCUGUCUCGACGGACAAGCUUUCCGGGAUGGAAAUGGAACUGUCCAUCUCGAAUCCGUCCCCUUGCACCCUGCCGGGGCCGCAGCUGCUUCAUGAACUAGCACUGAGCGGUGCCCAUGAUGGCAAUCAUGCGAUCGAGUUCUUAACGGCGGAUGGAAACGUUCGCUGCUUGUCGUACCGUGCCUUGGACAGGGUAUCUUCGAAAAUGGCGGCGGAAAUAAAUGCCGCUUCGAAAUUGGAUGCCGAGGAACCCAGGAAGUUUGUGGUCCCUGUUCUUGUCCCACAGUCCUUGGAGCUGUAUAUCGCCCAACUGGCCAUUCUGAAAGCCGGUGGUGCUUUCUGUCCUUUAAACAUCGACGCACCACUAGACCGGAUAGAGUUUAUCCUGCAGGAUGUUGCAGCAUCGGUGGUGAUCACGCAAAGUGGGCUUGCGACAAGGAUACCCCAGAAAGAGAAUCUGGCGGUGAUCACCGUCGACGAAUUGGAGACGCAGACGGACAUUGAAGAUACGGAGAUCAUAGAGCAACAGCACUCUGUGGAAACUACCCCCACCGACCUUGCCUAUGUGAUGUAUACAUCAGGUUCGACCGGUCGACCCAAAGGCGUGGGCAUUUCCCAUCUAGCUGCCACACAAUCACUACUCGCGCACAACGACUUGAUACCCUCAUUUACACGAUUCCUCCAAUUCGCCUCUCCUACCUUUGAUGUCUCCGUUUUCGAAAUAUUUUUCCCGCUCUUCCGCGGCGCAACCCUUAUCGGCUGUGACCGCGAGCAAAUGCUCCUCGACAUCUCCCAUGUAAUGACGUCGAUGCGCGUGGACGCAGCCGAGCUGACGCCCACCGUAGCCGGAGAACUACUACGCAGCCGAGCCGCAGCACCCUCUCUGCGUGUUCUGCUGACGAUCGGCGAGAUGCUGACUCGGCAUGUUGUGGAUGAAUUUGGACAGUCGCAGCAUACAGAGGGUAUCCUCCAUGGCAUGUAUGGGCCUACUGAGGCGGCGAUCCACUGCACGGCUGCCACGCAUUUCCGAUCUGAUGAUCGGGUGAAUCUAAUUGGACGGGCGUUCAAGACUGUUUCUGCUUUUAUCAUGUCCUUGGAGUCGGAGGACAAGGAUGGCUCUUCGUCCGUGGGAUUGCAGCCUCUGCCGCUCGGCCAGAUUGGCGAGUUGGUUGUUGGUGGGCCGCAGUUGGCGGAUGGGUACAUCAAUCGACCCGAAGAGAAUGCCAAGGCAUUCAUCGAGAGUCCCGUGUACGGUCGACUCUACCGAACAGGCGAUAAGGCUCGGAUGCUGCCCUCGGGGGAGAUUGAAUGUUUUGGCCGAAUCUCGAGUGGUCAGGUCAAGCUCCGAGGGCAGCGGAUAGAGCUUGGUGAGAUUGAGCAUGCUAUUUGCCGCGCGCCGGAUGUUCGCAGCGCGGUGGCUAUUGUGAGUGGUGGUAGCCUUGCUGCGUUUGUCCUGGUCAAUGACAACGGCACGACCGAGCGUGCGCUGCGGGACGUUUGUCGCCAGUGGUUGCCCCGGUUUAUGGUUCCGGGCGAGUUCAUCCUAGUCAACCAGUUCCCCCAGUUACCUUCCGGUAAGAUUGACCGCAAGGCGCUGGAAGCUGAAUUCGUGCGCCAUCGGAGUACGGCUCAAUCUGUUGGGCAGCGUUCAUUCCGCGAUGAGACUGAGGAGACGAUCGCGUCGUGCGUGGCCGAUGUGCUCGGUAGACAACUCCCGUCCACGGAGAGUCUGAGUGCUGCUGGUCUUGAUUCUCUAGCUGCGAUCCGGCUUACGUCGCAUCUUCUGGAUGCCGGGUUCCGACUGGAUGUAGCGCAUUUGCUCGAAGCAGAUUCCGUGGAUGGAAUUUGGCGACUUGCAAAGGAAACCGAGACCUCGCAGUCGAGCGAAGACACGCAAGCAGGUCUGCAGAGAAUUCGCCAAUUAGUGGCAGAUGCUGGUGCAGCGAGGAUAGAGGCUCUGGGGCUGAGCGCACAGGUUGGCGCGAUUGAGCCUUGUAGCCAUAUUCAACAGGCGAUGAUUUUGGAGACUGUUCGACACCAGAAUGCAUACUGCAAUUGGAUUGAACUUGGGUUCCAGCAUUCGAUCAGUGCUCCGGCUGUGCAGGAUGCACUUGUCAAGCUUUUGGAGCAGAAUUCUAUACUUCGCUCUGGUUUCAUCGAGAUCGGGCUCAAGGAUCAGUCGUAUGUCCGAUUUACCUAUCACGCCCUCGACGAGAGUGUAUUCCAAAAGCGUGACGCAUUUGACUAUGAUCUUUGCUUGAUCGCAGAACACGACCUGCUCCAUCCUCUCCGGUUCCAGCUGAGAGAGACGGACGAAGGUCUCCGCCUGCUCGUGCAUAUCCAUCAUGCGUUGUAUGACGGAUGGUCCUGGCAAUUGAUGCUAAAGGACCUCCAUCACCUCCUGCGCGGCGAAGAACUCCCACCCAAGCCAGCGUAUAACGUCGUGGCGGAUUUCUUCAUCGAGUACAAACUCAGCGAGACCGCAACCGAAUCCUCCAUUUUCUGGCGUGAUCAACUACAGGGUUCUUCGCCAGCAUCUUUCCCCAAUUUCCACGGAAGAACUGAUGUAUCCCCGGGCACGCAAGAGGCUUCUCGUGAACUACAAAUUUCCACGUCCAAACUCGCAGAAGCAUCGCAAUCCCUACGCGUCAGCCGCCAGACAAUCUUCCAAGCUGCAUACUGCUACAUCCUCUCAACCUACCUUGGCUCGGACGACGUCACCUUCGGCAUAGUCUUUUCUGGCCGUACACUUCCAGUUAAGGGCAUUGAAAAUGUUCUCGGUCCUUGUAUCCGCACACUCCCUACAAGAAUGGAUCUGGGGAAGAUGCAAAACGCCACUGAUCUCCUCCUAGCAAUCCAAAACAUGAACCGCAAGUGCCUUGAACACGGCAGUCUUGCGCUCCAAGAUAUUAAGAAAGCCUCCGGGAUUGACCUGCAAUCAAACCUCUUCGAUACUGCGCUCGUCUGGCAGGAGAGUAUCUGGUCUGACCAGGAGUAUCGUGAUGUGUUCCGGGAAGUCGGUGCAGGGGAGUUUUUGGAGUUUGCGCUACUGUUGGAGUUUGAGCCUCGGGAUGACGGGAUUCGUGCGAAGGCGACGUAUCAACAAUCUGUUUUGUCGAGGGAACAGGCGGAGAUUCUUUUGGAGCAGAUUGAUUUUGUUGCUUCUGUUUUGAUUGAUGCUCCCGCGCUGGCGAUUGGUGAUCUUGGGAGUCGUCUUCCGCAACAUACGUUGUCGGUUGUUAACCCUGAAUGUCAAAUGCAAGGGGACUUGCCACGCCUGGCUUCUGCUGUUGAGACGCUCGCGUCUGCUGAGUAUUCUCGGACAGCGGUCGAAUGUUUGACAGAGCUGGACUCUGUGGUUGACACGAUUACAUACGGGAAAUUCAACUCCCGGGCCAAUACCCUUGCCAACUAUCUGCUCCACUUGGGUGUCACGGGUGAUGAUUCCAUUGCUAUGUUCCUAGAGAAAUCGAUAGACUCUUACCUCGCUGUGCUGGCGAUUGCAAAGAUAGGAGCUGGUCUCGUACCCUUGUCUCCCCAGUCAUCUCCAGAAGAUGUCAGCACUGUCAUGUCCACAUUGAACGUGGGCUUUUGCAUGUUCCAGUCGACUUCCCAGCUUCCUGAUGGGUUGGCUAUUCUGGAAUCCGUUCGACAAAUCCUUCUACCUGACUCUUUCAAUGAUAUUUCUGAUGAUACCCCUAUCGCGGUCGAUGACGGAUUCCGAAUCAUCUGCGCUGAUCCCACGUCAAAGGAGCCGAUUACCUUUUUCGCUCAGAGUUUGAAAAGCUGCGUCAAUGUUCUUAGGGAGUCGUACAAUGUCCAGUCGGAGUCCAAAAUGCUUUUUGCAUCCCCAGCUGCAUCUGUUGACUCCAUCAUUGCAGCUUUCUUGGCAUGGACUGCUGGCGUGACGCUCUGCGUUGCGCCAGAUGAGUUCCUAGCCAAUGAUCCCCAAAGGAUCGUUAAUGCCAUGGGCGUGACUCAUCUCUACCUCACACCUACACUUGCAUCGCGCUUGGAUCCGCAGAAUGUGCCUAGUGUGAGGUACUUGUGUACAUCUGGUGAGCCUUUGACGGCAAAGGUGCAUCGGGAUUGGGCUGGAAAGAAUCUUUAUCACGGCCUUACCACUCGUGGGAUCGCUGGUCUCUGUACCGUGCCGGCGGAGGUCGAGACGUCCAGUACAAUCACCGGCGUGGGUAUGCCGCUCAAGAACAUAUCUGCCAUGGUCAUUGCAGACAAGGCCGGGUUCAAUUCGUUACCACGUGGCGCCGUUGGAUUACUUUGCUUUGGCGGUGGUCAAGUGGGGACAUCUUCUACGGAGGGCUUUUUUGAGCACCCGCAGUAUGGCCGGCUUUACCGAACUCGUGACUUUGGCAGAGUUCUUUCAGAUGGUAGCAUUGUGCAGCUGGGGCGGCAUACUGUAUUCUAUGAGAUUGAUCAAGCUCUGCUCUCAUCGGAUCUUGUGCAAGAUUGCGUGAGCUUGUUCAUGGAUGACCCAGUCACUAAGCAGCAACAAUUGGUCACUACUUGGGUUCCUUCAGAACAGGCUCGAGCUUUGUCACAUGGUGAACAGCUUGAUGACCUAGCCAAGAAAUUACUGAGGGACUUGGCUACGAAGCUUCCUUCAUCUGCCGUUCCGGCACUUCUUGUCCCGAUUGACGAGAUACCGGUGGACGAGGUUCUCUUUACUGAUCGCGCAAGGAUACAGCGAGAUAUUGAGCAGAUGGAUACAGAGCUUCUAGAAUCUUUCUCUGUCAGUCUCAACGAUGAGAUCCACAAUGACACUCUCACCGAUGCUGAGAAGGCAAUUGCCACUGCCCUUUCUGCAGUCACUGGCGUUGAGCAACACAACAUUGGAAAACACACGUCCUUCUACAAGCUGGGCUUGGAUUCUCUAUCUGCAAUUGCUUUCUCGCGAAAGCUCCAGGAUGCAGGAUUUGGAAGACUCCCUGUUUCCACAAUCCUUCGACAUAGCUCGGUUGCUCAACUAGCGAAUGUUAUUCCUCCCAUGACCAAUGGGCAUCAUCCCGACGAACCAAUUUCUCUCGAGCAACAGCAACCGCAAUCCUCGUCCGUGUUUGAUGAGAGCUUCAUUCUUGAAGUGGAAAAGGACCUGGAUGCUAGGGGUUCAUCCGUUCAGGGCGUAUAUCCUUGCACGCCUUUACAAGAAGCUAUGCUUGCAGCGGAGUCUGAUGUUGAUUCCGCUUAUUUCAAUCACUUGCUUCUUCGGGUGAACACUGACAUUCAGAGAUUGGAAGAGGCGUGGAAGCAGAUGAUACAGAGACAUGAAAUUCUGAGAACGUGCUUCAGACAAACUAAUGACCCACGAUUUGCAUAUGCGCAAGUGGUGCUCCACACCGCACUUCUACCUUGGAUAUCUGUUGAGACCUCAUCCGAGAACUUCGACACAGAUAUUGCAAGAAGAAAGUCAGACUUUGAGCACCAGUCGCCCGUCAAUGGCGAGCUUCCAUAUUCCUUGGCGGUUUUUGAAGACCCAGUCCCGAGAAGCACUCAUUUGCUUUUGUCAAUUCAUCAUGCACUAUACGAUGGAGAAGGUAUUGCCCAACUUCUUCACGAGCUUCAGGCUUCCCUCGCGGGCGAGAAACUUCCUGAAGCCACACCCUUCCACCGGUUCGUCGAGUACAUGGUUUCGGUCAACACUGAUUCCUCCGACAAAUUCUGGGACCGAUAUUUAUCAGACGUCUCGCCAACGCUGCUUUCUGCUUCCAAGGGGGUGUCUACCAAUGGAUCUGUUUCACAGGCUGCCUCACAACAGAUUCACGUGGGUCUUAGCCACUCCCUUGCCUCGUUCAAACAGCAGUGUAGGGAUCUCUCGGCCACCCCUCUGAACGUCUUCCAUGCCGCAUGGGCAAGACUUCUCGCCUUGCACUCCAAUGCAACUGAUGUCUGCUUUGGAAAUGUAUUCAGCUGUCGAACCAUUCCACUAGAAGGCGCAGACCGUAUCGUUGGCCCUUGCUUCAACACUCUUCCCAUGCGAGUCAAGUUCUCUUCAGUAUCAACGAACGGGGACGUAAUGAAACUGUCGCAAAAACACAACAGCGACAUCUUGCCUCAUCAGCUCAGUGCGCUGCGUCGCAUCCAGAGACGCACGCUUCAAGCCGGCUCUCGACUUUUCGAUACACUGGUCAUUUUCCAGACUAGGAGUACUGAGCUUGAUGCUCGGUAUUGGGAAAUGCUCGCUGAUGAGGGGAACAUGGGAUUCCCUCUCAUUUGUGAGAUCGUGCCAGACGAGACACGGAAUACCAUCCAGAUAUGCAUCCAUUUCCAAACGUCGCAUCUCAGUCACGAUGUGGCGGAGAGUCUUGCGCGGGACUUUGUCGCGCUUGUUGAGCAUACGACUCAGUACCCUUCUGCUCAGGCUUGUGAUAAGCGGGUGGUUGGUGCUGACCUGUCAGAGAUUUUUGAAAAGGAGUCCUCGCGCGCUAAAAUAAAUGGAAUUCCGGCCAAGGCAGUGGAAUCUCGGGCUUGGUCUGAUAAGGAAGAACUUCUUCGGGGGAUUGUCUGCAAGUUUGCAGGAGUUGAGGAUGAGGCUGUUUCAUUGCAUACUACUAUCUUCCAACUUGGACUGGAUAGUAUCAACGCUGUGCAGAUUUCUGGGAGAUUGCGCAAGCUGGGGUAUAAGGUCUCAGCGGGUGACAUUCUUGAGGCUGCUUCUAUUGACAAGAUUGCCGUUCUACUAGAGUCGACGGAGAAUGGAAUCAAAGAAGCUACAUAUGACUUCUCCGCCUUCGAGAAUCAACAUCUCCAGUCUGUUUGUGAACAGCUUGGUAUCUCAUCACAAUCAGUGCAGUCUUUGAGACCUUGCACCCCCGUUCAAUGCGGCAUGUUGGCUCUCUUCAAUCAUUCCCAGGGCAACAUGUACUAUAACCGGAUGGCUUUGAAUUCCUCCGCGCCCUUGGACAAGAACAUGCUCAAGGAAGCUUGGUCGAAGGUCAUGGCCCAACAUGAGAUGCUGCGCACUGGCUUCGUACAGCUUCGCGACCAGCAAAAUCCCUUUGCUAUGAUAACCUAUCGGGAAGGUAUCGAUGUUCCAUGGCAGGAAUCUCCCACCCUGGAUACAGUCUCUCAACAGCAACGAGUUCUCGAAAACCUCCACCAACCCCCGUGGAGUAUCUGGAUUGAGCCUACCGAUAGUGUUACCACGGUGCAUUUCUCAGCUUUUCAUGCCCUUUAUGAUGCGCAGUCUUUAGAAACGAUCUUUUCAGAUGUCAUGGCAGCCUAUGAAGGAAAGGCUCUUACUCAGUCUGCCUCUAUUCCCGAAACUCUUGGUCCAAUUUUGAUCGAGAGUCGGAAACAAAUCGAGCACUCUCAGGAGUUCUGGCAAGGUCUCGCCACAGAGAUCCAUCCUACCAAAUUCCCAGACCUACAUCCUACUCGCAUUGAUAAGAAAGAACUCUUCACCAGCUCAAUUCUCUGCUCCCAGUCUCUCGGUAAACUUGAGGCCGGGUGCCGCAAUGCAGGAGUCACUCUUCAAGCAGCGGGUCAAGCCGCAUGGGCUCGAUUACUUGCUGCAUACAUUGGUGAACAAAAUGUCGUUUUCGGCACUGUUCUCUCCGGUCGUAAUUUGUCUACUGCUGCCCAGGAUGCCGUUUUCCCUUGCCUUGUGACCGUGCCAUCGCCAUUCCGCAUCGAAGGCACUAAUCAAGAGCUUUUGGACUGCACUCUGAAGCGGAAUGCUUCUCUUGUUAAAAAUCAGUUCACUCCCUUGGCUCAGAUUCAGAGGUGGCUUGGUAGUGAUGAGCCGCUCUUUGAUACUUUGUUCGUUUAUCAGAAGUUUUCGACAAGUUCUGGGGUCUCUGAUAAGUGGGAGGUCAUUGAUGAAGAGACAAAGAUCGAUUACCCUCUCUCGAUCGAGUUACUCCCGCAUGAUACGGAGCUUGAAAUUCGGAUCAGCUGCAGAAGUGACCUUGUUCCAGCAGAGCAAGCCGUGAUUCUUUUGAAUCAGUACAACAAGUUGUUGGAGCACACGAUCUUCUCGAUAGAUUCCCGUGCAGAAGAUUACCUCUCUCUUGGAGAUCAAUUCUUGUCCGUCACGCCUGCCAAGGAGAACAAGAUUCCCACAUCUGUGUCUCUACUGCACCAGUUCGUCGAAGAAAGUGCUCGAAAGGUUCCAGACAAACCCGCCUUUGAGUUCGCAUUCGGGCCUAAUGCGGAUAACUUGCAAAAGAAAACUUGGUCUUACAGAGAGUUCGACGAGGACGGCAAUCGAGUCGCUCGUUAUCUCCAGGACAAGGGAGUCACACCCGGUGGGAUUAUUGCGAUCUGCUUUGAUAAAUGCCCUGAAGCUUCCCUUGCAAUCUUAGGUAUUCUGAAGGCUGGUUGUGCAUAUCUGGCCAUCGAUCCUUCCGCUCCAAUCUCGCGUAAGCAGUUCAUCAUGGAAGAUUCCUCGACCACGCUUCUGCUUUGCAAUCAGUCCCGCAAGUCGGAGUUGGAGGCACUCUCAGGCGUUGAUGUCCAGGCACUAGACGAGCCUGGCAAAUACCAACACUUUUCCCCAUCGCAGCCGUCCUUGGCCCGGGAAAUCCAACCCGAUGAUACAUGCUAUUGCUUGUAUACUUCUGGCACAACAGGCACACCCAAAGGGUGCGAGAUCACACAUGACAACGCUGUACAAGCCAUGCUCGCAUUCAAAAGGCUCUUUUCACCACAUUGGGACGAGGAUUCUCGAUGGCUCCAAUUUGCAUCAUUCCACUUCGACGUCAGCGUUCUCGAGCAAUACUGGAGCUGGAGCGUCGGGAUCUGUGUUACUUCAUGUCCUCGCGACUUGCUUUUCGAGGAUCUACCAGGAACAAUUCAGAAACUGGAAAUCACUCACAUUGAUCUUACGCCUAGCUUGGCGAGACUGGUGAAUCCUGAUGAGGUACCUUCACUGCGCCGAGGUGUUUUUAUCACUGGUGGUGAGCAGUUGAAACAGGAGAUUCUCGACGCGUGGGGAAAGCAUGGAGUCAUCUAUAAUGGAUACGGUCCUACCGAGGUGACCAUCGGAUGCACAAUGCUCCCACGGAUGCGUGCAAAUGACAAGCCAUCCAAUAUCGGUCCACAAUUUGACAAUGUGGGUUCCUACGUCUUCCGGCCGGGUACCUGCAUUCCGGUCGUGCGCGGUGGCCUCGGCGAGCUUUGUGUAUCGGGCCCUCUUGUCGGUAAAGGUUACUUGAACCGGGCGGAACUCACCAAGGAGCGAUUCCAGACCUUGCCAGAAAAUGGGGAUCGCAUCUACCGAACGGGUGAUCUAGUGAGAAUUUUGCACGACGGUAGUUUCCAGUUCCUGGGCCGGAUCGACGAUCAAGUUAAACUUCGCGGCCAGCGACUUGAGAUCGGCGAGAUCAACGAAGUCAUCAAGCAGGCAACUCCUGAGCUUAACGAAGUGGCUACGCUGGUCAUCAAGCAUCCAAAACAAUCCAAAGACCAGCUGGUAUCUUUUGUCACCAGGAUUGAGCUUGACAAGAAGUCUCGCGAUGUGGAAGUGCGAUUUUCUGAAGAGGAUCGGGCCUUGCUGUCGACAAUCAAGGCUGCUUGCCAUACACACCUUCCGGGGUAUAUGGUGCCGACGCAUAUCAUUCCGAUGACCCGGUUCCCCCUCUCUGCUAAUAACAAGGCUGAGAUGAAGGUCUUGAAGCGUAUCUACCAAGAUCUUUCCUUGGAGGACCUGCAGAGACUGAGUGCCAUGGCCGUUGAACAAACAGGGAAGAGCACCCAAGAGAGAGGCAUCAUUUCUCUUUUGUCCCAGUUUACUAGCUCCCCCGAAUCAGCUAUUUCUUCCUGGUCGAGUAUCUUUGAGUUGGGCCUGGACUCUAUCUCUGUGAUAGCAUUUGCCAGAACCCUGAGGGAGGCUGGUUUCCCUCAAGCCCAGGCAUCGCUCAUCAUGAAGCAUCCGACCGUUACAGGUAUGGCAUCGGCUUUGCAGAAGUCUACCUCCUCUUCAGCAUCCCAGAGCAACCUCCACAGAAAUGCGAAGCAGAACAUGGAGGCCUUUGCCCACAAACACUCCCAUUCUGUCAUCGAAAGCAUUGGAGUCGUUGACAGUGACGUUGAGCAGAUUGCUCCAUGUACACCGCUCCAGGAAGGUAUCCUUUAUCAUUUCCUGUCGAGCACUGAGCCACUUUACUGCUCUUCCUUCACGUUCGCAUUGCAUGCGUCCACCGACAUUGAGAAGUUGCGGAAUGCAUGGAGCAAGGCACAAGACCAGGUACAGAUGCUCCGAGCUAGAUUCUCGCCUUCCCCAGAUGGCUACGCUCAAAUAAUCUUGAAGCAUGAUGCGCUUCCUUGGUUCAAUGCGAAGGCUGCUUCCCAGAAGCAGGUUGAAAGCUUGCGGAAGCAGCAAGUCGAAAACUGGAUAUCUGAAAUUCAGGAACUGUCGACACGGCUGUGGGAGGUUGGCGUGAUCCAAUCUCCUGACAGAUCGGUGAUGUGUCUCAAUAUCUUCCAUGCUCUUUAUGAUGGAAACAGCUUAGCUCUACUUCUGGAUCUUGUUGCCCGGAUCUAUCUCGGCGAGCAAAGUGCUUCCGAAGAUGCGCCUCAGUUCCUCAACGUGUUGCACAUGGGUCCUCUUUGCAAGGAUUCGUCAGAGAAAUCGUUCUGGAAAGAGCACUUGGCAAAUUGUCGACCCCGAUCCCUGUCAAAAUCAGGUCAAACUAAUGGCGUCAUUGAGUCAAUGGUUCAGAAAGUUCAGAUCGACUCUACGGAACAUUUGGAUCGCCUGAGGAAGUCCCUCAACGUCACGGAGCAGGCGGUUCUCCAUGCCUGCUGGCUGUUAACCCUUCACCAACACUACGCGUUUGUCCCCCCAAUCGGGCUUAUCGCAUCUGGACGUACGAUCGAUGUGCCAGGAAUUGUCAACGUCAUUGGCCCCUUGUUCAACACUAUUCCCAGUAAUGUGCAGCUUCGUGGUCUAAAGUCAUGGUCUGAAGUCGCCCGGCGGUGCCAUAACUACCAAGUUUCCACGAUGCCCUUCCAGUAUACUGCUCUGCGAGACAUCAUGAAAUGGCUCGGCAAGAGCCCAGAUGAUCGCCUGUUCGAGUCACUUUUCGUGUUCCAGAGAGAGGAUGCCGAUAUCGAGGCAUCAACUGGUAGCCUCUGGCAGCCACUAGACUCUGAAGCACAACAUGAGUACCCGCUAGCUUUCGAGGUUGUGCGUAAUGGCAAUGAAUCCCUUACUCUGACCCUUGCAGCAAAGGGUCACGUCCUAUCCUCAGAAGCGGCGGAGCAGCUACUUGCCAAUUUCCAACGGAUCUUGUCUGAAUUUUCUCAGAACCCAGAUCACGAGCUGCCCUAUAUUAACGGGGUCGCGGAAGAGAGCCAUGCAUAUACAAAUGGCGAGACGGUUAUGCCAAACGGCGUGAACGGUGCAGCACAUGCGGCUAACUCUUCAUUCCAAUGGACCAAUCAAGCAUCUACGAUUCGAGAUGUUGUUGCAACCCUCGCUGGGGUCGAUGCUCAAUCAAUUAGUGAAGAAACAUCAAUCUUCGAAGUCGGUCUUGACAGUAUCGAUGCCAUCAAAUUGUCCUCACGCCUAGGAAAGCUGGGCAUCAAGCUUCCCGUGAGCGCCAUCAUGCGCUAUCGCAAUGUAAAGGCCAUGACAAGCCAACUUGCAGUGACAAAUCAUCAGGAACAGAACGGGUCUUAUCCAUUACUGAGUCAAAUGGAGGGAGCCUUGACAAGCUUCCUGAGAAAGGAGGGCCUCAUGCCUGAGGAUGCGUGUCGGGUGCUUCCCGCAACGCCAAUCCAAGAGGCGAUGGUUGCUGAGAUGUCUGCCUCUGUUUACCAGAACUACUACAAUCAUGAGGUUCUGCAACUCGAGCCUCAUGUGGAUCUCACGAGACUUCAGGAAGCAUGGAGAGCCGUCGUCAAAGCCCAUUCCAUUCUACGCACCUCCUUUGUCGAGGUGUGGGAUCCCGAAAUCUCGGCGUCUUAUGCUCAAAUCGUUCAUAACGAGGACGCAUUUGACGUCCAAUCUGUGUAUCUGAACGAAAAAUCUGUGGAAUCGAUUAUUGAGUCUCAACGCAAAAGAGCGACCUCGGAACUUUCCGGUCGCCCCUUGCUGAGUCUGACUAUUGCACUUGAUGGAGAUGCUCGCUAUCUUGUUCUUUCAAUUUCCCACGCUCUGUACGAUGGCUGGUCCAUCAGUCUACUUCAUGAAGACGUCGCCAGGUCUUAUUCCGGGGAAGACUGUACUCGUCCAUCAGCAGAUGCAAUUCUUGAGCAGAUCAUUGCAUCUUCCGGCGAUCGUGCUCUGAGAUUCUGGAGGGCAACCCUGUCAAAUUGCAGGCCGACACCAUUCCCUUCGAGUGAACAUGCAGAGGAUGGCUCGCAGAUUGUCCAUCGCGCGGAAAGACCGCUCUCUGUGUCCUUUGAAAAGGCCGAAGGCUUCUGCAAGCAUCACGGUAUUACGAUGCAAGCUUUAUUGGUUAGCUGCUGGUCUCUUAUUUUGGCGACCUAUGUCAAGAACCUGGACGUCAUAUUUGGUCUCGUUCUUUCCGGCCGCAAUGUGGCUGACUCGGAAGAGGUCAUGUUUCCCACGAUGAACACUGUUGCCAUGCGAGUCAUUCUUCACGGUACUCGAUUGGAGCUGGUAAAGUACGUGCAGGAGGCUUUGCUCGAGAUGUCUGAACAUCAACACUUCCCAUUGCGACGAGCAAGGCCGGAUACCAGAUCGCGACAAUUAUUCGACACUCUGUUCAUCUAUCAGAAGAGGCCUUCCGAGAUCACUUCUCAGAAAGCCACACUGUAUCACUCCACUGGAGGAGCAUCGGGUGUGGAGUAUCCUGUGUGCGCCGAAGUUGAAGGCGACGGAAAGAACCUGGUGGCACGGGUGGCGUGUCGUGGCAGCGUCAUGGGAGAGAAGGACACACCUGUGCUUUUGAGCCAUAUGGCCGAGGUUCUCUUGUCAAUUGUCGAUGAGCCUGCUCGGGAGACUGUCGAAUUCUCUGGAGAUGCUAUGAAAAUCUGCGGCCAUCUGAUUGUCUCUGAUUCGGGAGAUUCUGGCGGUUCUGAGAUGCCCGAGGUUCAGACAUCCAGUCAAAGAGAGUGGUCACCGAUCGAGUCCAAAAUCCGCAAUGUUCUUUCCAUUGUGUCUGGUGUUCCUCAGGAUUCUAUCGACAAAGAUGCCAACAUCUUCCAGCUCGGCUUGGACAGCAUCAGUGCCAUCAAGGUUGCUGCCCUUUUGAAGAAGCAAUCCGUCAAGCUCAUUGUCAGUGACAUGCUCAAGGCCGGAACAAUUGAGAAAAUGGCACUGGCAGUGAACAAAAGCCAAGUCAACAUCACUCAAAACGAAAUCGACAGAGCUUUGGAAGACUCGCUCAAAGGACUCGACAUCAAUUCAUUACUUCGGUCAUAUGGAAUUGAUCCACAAGAUACCGAGACAACAAUUCCCGCCACUGCUGGUCAAACUUACUUCCUGGCAAUGCACAGUCUGAGCCCAGAUGUAUUCUAUCCCAAGUUCUACUACUUGGCGUCAGCAAAAUUCAACCCUCAGGUUUUGAACCGUGCAUGGUCGCGUCUCAUAGACGAGACACCCAUCCUCCGAACUGCUUUCCUGGCAACCGGCAACCUCCAGGCACCAUACGUUCAAACCGUUCUCAAGUCAGUGCACAGUCCUCCUACCUGGCACGAUGACCUCAAUCAUGCUAUCAGCAUCAGACGUGACUUUGGAUCUGUCCCUGUUGCCCUCCAUGUCUGUCGCACGUCUCGAGGGGUAGCAUUCAUGUUGCACCUCCACCAUGCGCUCUAUGACGCUGUUAGCCUUCCGCAUAUGAUGAACCGACUUGCCCAGUUGUGCAGCGAGGCCAAGUCCGAACUGAAACACACGUCACAAAAUCUAUCCCACCUCGUGGCAUUCCAGCACAUCCACUCGCCCGUUGAUGUUCGGCGGCAAUUCUGGCAAAAGUAUCUGGGCCAAAUUCCAACAUCAGGCGCUAACCCCAAUCGAGUAGGUGAGUUCGGCGCUAUCCAGCAUGACUAUCGGCCCGGUCUGGUUUCAAACAUGUCUCGACUGGAGAUAGCCGCCAAACGCCGGGGCCUUAGCAUCCAAUCAAUUUUCCUGGCCGUUUAUGCUCGCCUGCAUUCCCAGAUCUUUGCUCCGGUGGAUAUCGACAAUGAAACAAUGGCGCGACCGCUUGUGAUUGGUUUGUAUCUUGCCAAUCGGUCGUACGGUAUGGAGGGUCUAUCUGAAUUGGUUGCCCCAACCGUCAAUAUUGUUCCACUCCGACUGGAUAACAAGCUCAGCGAUAACCAUGACUCACUUUUCAUCGCUGCUCGGAAGAUUCAGGAGGAUAUCAACGAAAUCAGCCCGGUGGAACAUGCGGGUGUUUCUCUUCUAGAGAUCUCCGAAUGGACAGGGGUGCGCAUCAACACCUGCAUCAACUUCCUGCGACUGCCAGAGGUGGAAGUCACCAACGGCGAUGCAAGUGAUAAAGUGACUUUCCACUCGAUCUCGAGCGAUGAGGUGGCACCACUCCAUUUAUCUAACACGAGUGUCCACACACGUCACCCAGCUGAGACCAACGGUGACACACCCUUGGUCCAAGCGACCGGAUCCGCUUCUUCGAUGGCGACUCUGAAAGAAGUAUUCUGGCCUACGAUCGACGUUGAGGCAGCUAUCCGAGAGGACCGACUGGAUUUCGGUCUCUUCGCGCCGAGUACUCGUCUCGAUCGCCCCACCGCCGAGAAGGUGAUGGAGACGAUGAGACAUGAAUUGGCAGCGUUAGUUGCAUCUUCAGAGUCUCCAUAG